AUGUACAAGAGGGUAGGUUUCUAUAGCAACGAUAACGUAAGUUCUGGAAAACAGGUAUCCAACACUAAAUAUUUGACACCACUGAGGAAACGAAAACAUAAACGUGUAAGGACUUCAAGUUUAUCCACUCCAAACCAACGAAAGACGCUUACAGACACACCGUUUAUCGAUCAGAAACAGAGUCCAGUAAAACAUGAAACGCGAAAAUCACAAAUCGAUAUCGACUUAACUGACGAAACCAAUAAACCAAAUUCCAGUAUAAAUAAUACAUGUCCUCCGAUAACCGCCGCUUUGGACUUUGUCAUCGCUGGCUCUGGCAGCAAUAUAGUUAAUGAGCAAGAAGAUUUGAAGAAGCGGCACGUUAUCAUAAUAGCAGACCAGCAAGGAAGGUACUUGCAGAGUCAUCUUCAAAAACUAUUGGGUUCCAACUAUAGUUGUUAUGUGGAUGGAGACUUUAAUAUUGACAUGUUGAAAGCCGAUAAAUAUUCUUUCGAAUUUAAACAGUUAUUACAAGGAUUCAACUUAAAGUUAGCAAUCAACGAUCCAACGCGUCUAUGUAGUGGUACAUGUAUUGAUAAUUUUGGACAUAAUAUGAAAGACUGUAAAACUCGAAUACUUGAAUUGGCUCUCUCAGACCACACAGCGCAAUUAUUGAUGUGUCCGGUCUCAGAGAAGUUUGGUAACCCAUAUUGGUUUAUAAUGAAGCGUGAUUAUAGUAAAGAAAAUAUAGAAAAAUUUAAGCAUUGUCUAAUGGCCAUCCAUUUCAAAGACGUAUAUAAUACUAACAAUCCAAAUACUGCAUUUAAUAGUUUUUUUGAUGAAUUUAAGUUAUUUUAUGACAUGUGUUUCCCAUUGAUGAGAAUCAGAAUGCGUUCUUAUCAACGACCUAAAUGGAUUACAAAGGGUAUUAUAAAAUGCUCUAGACAGAAAAGAAAACUGCUUUGGAAAUACAGAAAAGAUCCAAAUCUUCUCAAUAAAAAGUGCUUCAAAACCUAUUCAAGUAGACUAAAAAAUAUAAUGAAAUUAACAAAAAAAGCACAAAACAAUUACUUUAUUAAGACAUCUAAAAACAAAACGAAGGCCACCUGGACAAUAAUUAAUGAAUAUAAAAAUAAAACUAAGAAUUAUAUAACACAAAUUAACAACGAUCACAAAAAAAUAACUGAUCCUAAUAGAAUAGCUGAAUUAUUUAAUAAUUUUUUUAUUGAGCAAGUUAAACCGCAUGAUAAUUUCAAAGCAAGAAGUAUGACAUCGAAUAAUGUAAGUUCCUUAUUCAUAAGACCUACAAAUCCAGAUGAAAUUUUGACAAUAAUAAGAUCUUUAAAAGAUACUAAUAGCACUGGUUACGAUGAUAUUUCAACAAAAAUUGUAAAAGAAGUAGCUACUCAGAUAGCACCAAUUUUGAGCUAUAUUAUAAAUUUAUGUAUUGAAAAUGGAAUUUUUCCGGAUAAAUUAAAAAUAAGUAUUAUAAAACCUCUAUAUAAAAAAGCAGAUCGCGAAUGUAUGUCAUCGUAUAGGCCAGUAGCACUUAUACCUAUAUUUUCUAAAAUAAUUGAAAAGGUAAUUUAUAAAGCUCUUUAUAAUUUUCUAGAAAAAUAUAAUUUAUUGGUAGAGGAACAAGUUGGAUUUAGAAAGAAUAAAAAUAUAAAUUUGGCUUAAUAUAAAUUUUUGAAAAAAAUUGUAGACCACGUUGAUAAUAGGAAACCCGUAUGUG